UCUUAUCUUCUCACCAACUUCCCCUCGCCUUCUCGGGUGUCUCGCGACUCAGAGCGCGGGCUGCGAAGCCCCUGGGGGUCUGCGGAGCCCAAGUGGUUCCGCGGGGGUUCGGAGCCGGGGAUCUGAGGGGCUCCGCUAUUGGCUGGCUGCGAAAGGCGCGUGCUCUGAUUGGCUGCCGACGCUGUCACGGUGAAGCGGUGCCCACCUCUGCCCCGGGCGACCCACAGAAUAGCAGUUUUAUCUUUAUAUAGAUGACCAUGCAGCCUGCAAUUCAAGUAUGGUUUGGAGAAGAUCUGCCUCUAAGUCCACGGAGCCCUCUGACCCCCAGACAUGGACCGGGAUUGGCUGAUGUCUGCCAGUAUGACGAAUGGAUAGCUGUGAGGCAUGAAGCCACUCUGCUGCCUAUGCAAGAAGAUCUGUCCAUCUGGUUGUCUGGUUUGUUAGGUUUUGAGAUAAAAGCAGAAAGAUUACUGGAUGAACUUGAUAAUGGAGUACUGUUAUGUCAGCUGAUCGAUGUUCUUCAAAACAUGGUGAAAGCAUGCAGUUCUGAAGAAGCAGGGAAUUUUCCACUGAGGAAAGUGCCUUGUAAGAAAGAUGCCACAUCAGGUUCGUUCUUUGCCAGAGACAACACUGCAAACUUCCUUCACUGGUGCAGAGACAUUGGGGUAGACGCGACGUACCUCUUUGAAUCGGAAGGUUUAGUUUUACACAAGGAUCCAAGGCAAGUGUACCUUUGUCUUCUUGAAAUUGGCCGAAUUGUGUCAAGAUACGGAGUUGAGCCACCAGUAUUAGUAAAACUUGAGAAAGAAAUUGAGUUAGAAGAGACUUUGCUUAACACCUCUGGGCCUGAGGAGUCCCUCAGCAUUCCAAAGUCGUGCUGUCGGCAUGAAGAGCUGCACGAGGCUGUUAAGCACAUUGCCGAAGACCCUCCUUGCAGUUGUUCUCACCGAUUUUCUAUUGAGUACUUAUCUGAAGGACGCUACCGGCUCGGGGAUAAAAUACUCUUUAUAAGGAUGCUGCAUGGAAAGCAUGUGAUGGUCCGCGUUGGUGGAGGCUGGGACACUCUUCAGGGAUUUUUGCUUAAAUACGAUCCCUGUCGAAUACUACAGUUUGCUACACUGGAACAAAAAAUUCUAGCAUUUCAGAAAGGAGUUUCUAAUGAAAGCGUCCCCGACUCCCCCGCCAGAACACCUCAGCCUCCUGAAAUGAACCCCCUGUCAGCCGUGGACAAGUUUCAGAGACAGAGUGUGAAGCCUGGGGCUCCGGCUGGUGUCCCGAGGGGGAAGGAAAAGCAGGUGCGCGCGCCAGGUGCCUGGCUGCCGGCAGCUGCCCUCAGAGGGAACGCAGGCUCCGCAUCUGUUCAUCCUGAAUUUCCAGAUUCUCCAGCCGCGCCCUCUCAUCCCAAGCUCAAGUCUUCCAAGGGCGCAACGAGGAAGCCACCUGCUGCUUCCAACCAUGUAUCGUCCUCCCCUGCUCCUUUAAAAGCAGUAGGCAAAGCCACGAGUUCACUCGCUGUGUCAAGAACCAGCCCUAGUACGUCUGAGGCCUUGAGAAAGUGUGGCACAGCCUCCAGGACUCCUAAGCCCAAGGCUGCCCUGACCCAGAAGGCAGGAGCUCUGCCUGCGUCUACACUCCCACCAAGUAAAUGUUCUAGAGAACCAGAACCCAGGCGCUUGAAACACAGUCCUAGUUCUUGCAGGCACGAUGCACCUGUAGGUUCAUCGUCCAAGUGCCCGAAGGUACCUAAAGCAAAUCUGUGCAGAAGGCCUAAGUCUCCUCUCCAGUCCCCUGCAAAAAUGACGAAAGCGAGCUCUCAAACUACAGUCCCUGGUCCAGGAACACAGUCGUCGGACGGAGCCCCACAGGCAGGGGUGACCCCAGCCCAGAAACCCAAAUCGGCCUUGAAUUUAAAACAGCCGCUUUCAGUAUCCUCAGCUUAUCCUGCUAAAGCUGCGCAGGAACUGAAGGACAAGAAUACAGUUUCAGUUGCCAAAAAGCCGCCUCAGAAUAAGAGCAGCUGCCCGAAGACAGGCCCCAGCUCCUCCAAGUCUCCCGGCCGCACCCCUCUGUCCAUCGUGAGUGUUCCUCAGGCUUCUGCCAAAACACAGACUGCGCCAGCGUCCGCACAGACGGCAGCGAAGGGCCAGCAUGCAGCGAGAGGGCCUCCAAAGAGUGGCAGAGCCCCAGCGGCACCCAGGAAGCCUCCCUCUUCUGUGGGAGCAGAGAGCGGGGAGAAGAAACUUACCUCGAAGAAGAAGGAAGAUGGGGACCACUAUUUUGUUAUGACUGGGAGCAAAAAACCUAGAAAGUGAAUACUUACGUGUCAUUCUAAGACACGAGGGGAAAGGAGCAGACUAUGCUAGCUUCGCAUGUUCAGAGUUUGUCCUGUUUGCUCAAAUACGGGCAGACGCUGAGAACAGCCAGGGGAGGCUGGAGGCUGGGCAGCAGUAGAGGCUGGGAGGAGGGAGGGUGCCUCAGAAUUCAGUCUGAAGUCUCCGGAAGAUGCCCUCGGAGGCGAGAUUCUUAUUAUUUAACAGGCAUGUCUGUGAUUUCAGUGCAGAGCAUGUUCGUUAACGUCUGCCCUUUAAGGGAAUGCAGAAGUCAAAUAACACUACUGGAAUCAGA